AUGGAAGCCAUCGGCGCAGGCGCCAGCACUCUGGCAUUUGUGCUGCUGGCCCUCAAAUCGACCAAGGUCAUCCACGAAUCGCUCUCCGCAAUCAAGGAUGCACCGAGGAUAGUGCGUGAACUGGCACAAGACAUUCAACUUCUACAGUCAGUCCUCGGACGCUUGACGCACUGUCCUUUGAGCCAUGCUCCGAGCAGCACAGUCACUUCUUUCCAGGACAUGCUCCAGGCCUGUACGGCUGAACUUUCCAGCAUUGAGAAUCGGUUGGAGCAGUUUAAGAAGAAGCCAGACAGUAGCCGCUCCAGCCGGGUGUACAAGGGGAUUCUUGGGUAUGUGAAGAAAGAGGAGCUCGAGGAGGCACGAAGCAGGGUGAGAGAUAAGACGACACAGGCCAACCUGUAUCUUGGCUUGCUUCAGGCGCAGGCGAUUUCGGACACAACCUCCAAGAUUGACAACCAAGCGACGACAACAACUGGAAUCCUGGAACAAAUCCUGGGCGAAGUCGCAAGACUACAUUCUCGCCUCGGUAAUAGUGACGCAGCCUCCGCAACCCAACACGAUGAUGCCUCCGAAGACGUUUCAGCUUCCAUCACCCAGAACUUGGAGACAAUAACUCUAUGCUCAGAACUCGAAGAGAGCAUCUCACGUCUUUCGAGUCUCGUUGAUCGCGAUGGGUUGACCUUGGAUGCCGACGAUGCAGAGCAAAUCAUCGACGACCUGAGAAAGUUCAUUCUGAUAGCCAGAGACAAAGUGUCGAUCAAGCAGACAGGAAAGGGCAAGGCAACUACGAAUCCAUAUGCAGUAGAAGAUGUUGGCGGCCAAGUACGACGAGACUUGAAACUGAUUGAGGGCUUGAUGUUAUCGGCUCCGAUUGUUGCCAUAAACCAACCAGGUACCAUCUUGUGCUUCGUAUUUACUAUCGAUGAGAACCAGGCUAACGUGUCAGUUCCCAACUUUGCUCAUCUCCGUGCUCAUCUCCCGACUGGCGCCAUAAUCAAGCAGAAACGAGCCAGAGAAGAAAUCGAUGUCGAACACGGUUUCCUCACAGUAUCCGUAAACAAACGAAGAAGACUCUCCCAGAGACCCAGCUCCUCAGAGAACACAAGUACCCACAGAGAUGUUGUCGCAAACAUCAUGUUCCGCCCCUCAGCCUCCCCAUGGAUGUUUUCUGUCUCAGUGUCUCAGGGACAGUUAUUUGAUCGCAGUAUCCAGAGUAUACCGCGGAUUUCAGUUUGCCCGAUUAUUCCCAAUGGAUCGCCGGUGUUUCGGCUGGUGCAAGAAGGCAAGCUCAGGGAGUUUCGUAUCCUGCUGGACGAGGGGAAGGCAAGCCUCAGGGACCACGAUGAACAGGGCAUGCCUCUAUUACAUUACGCAGCUGCAGGAAGCGUCGACAUGUGCAAGUUUCUCAUUGAAUCUGGUGCAGAUGUCGACGAAAUGGGAGAGAACAGUGGAACUGCUCUCAGUCACAUCACAGGGCUAAGUCGCCAUGAUACUACGCUAGUAUUACUCGAGAACAUGGCCGACCCAACUCUGUCCUAUCCAGGAUGGGACAAUCCAUUAUCGGCUGCUUGCAGCUCAGAUAUUCCAUCCGUGGAGCUUUUUUUGAAGCAUGGCAGUCACUUUGCCCUUCACGAUUUUGAGAGUUCAGACAUGAAUGGCAGAACAAGACUGCAUCAGGUCUGCAUGGCAGACUCCAGAUCAACGAGCAAGCGAAAAGCAGUGGGCAUGCUGGUUGCUGCGGGAGCCGACAUGAACGCUCGCAUAGUCCAAUCCUGGUCUCCGGACGAUCAUCAAACGCUCGGGUUCACGUGUCUGCACAGUCUAGUGUACACUGCCCAUCGAGCAGAAGAUCGGGAUGAACUUGAGACUCUUGUUUACUUGAUUCGGCAAGGUGCAGACCCCUCUGCAGUCGACCAUCACGACAACACAGUUGCAAUGAGAGCAUAUCUACCCAAUGAGAACGACAACCAGUAUUCAUCCAAGGGCUCAUACAGAGGCGAUCUCUGGGACGCGGCGGUCGCCAUCUGUGGCUACGACCUUGAACAGUUCCGAGCCUCUUACCCAAGAGUUUCAAGGUACAACAAAAGUUACAGCAGACAAGACUUUGAGAGACUAUGGCUUGGACACGAAUCCCUCUGUCCGUAUUGGGAUGACAAGAGAUAUCCGGAGGCCGGCGGGGAUGAAGACUAUUGGAAACAGCCUUCGCAGCGCUGCAGGCAUACCUCAUGUUCAGAAUGUGAUCAAGAUGGCGAAGGUCUCGUUGAAGCAAAGCCAGACCCCACCAAUGAAGAUGAUGUCCCAAUGUACGCCUUGAACUACCACAACAGGUAUCCACGCAGUCCUUCAGUGGAUCAGAUGGGUCAUAUUUCCCGAGAGUCUGACGUUUGGAAACGCACCCAUUAUACCCCGGAUCUUAGCCCUGAGCAGUACGCGAUCGAUGACAUGGAUCCGGAAGACGACUACAUGGAUGAGAUGGAUUUGGAUGACAUGAGUGCUGAUGAAGCAGAGUUGGAGGCCCAAUAUGUGUUGGAAAAUUCACUAGAAGCAUACCGAGACCGCCAGAUCGACGAAGAUGAAGACUUGAUCCAUGCUCUGGAGCCCGAAGAUGGCCUUGAGCCUCCAUCUGAAGAGGAUGGUGAAGAAGCAUUUUGGAGAUUAACACGCCCGGUGGAGGAUGAGGCGGAUAACUUUAUCGACUACUGGAUUGAUCAUGACUCUCCUCGUCAAGAAGAGGCAGAGGAGUCCCAUGAGAGUCACGAUGGCAUCUCGCCUCCACUGAGCGAGGAUGGCGAGGAUUUCUAUAGAAGAUUGACGGGACGAGGUCAAGACAUGAGUGAUAUCGAGAAUGGCUCUCGAGGUCAUUAG